AUUCUCCAGAGUGGGUUUUUGGAUUUGUCCAAAUCCGAUGUCGUAGGGUGGGGGGGUGCGGUGUGUAAAUAUUUGGUUGUCAAGUGUACGGUUGCGUGUAAUGGCCAAGGAAACGAAAGAACGAAAGCCGUCUUUGGUUGAUUUAUACCGCGAACUUCUUCAAGAACCCGAAUGCUUCCCCAAUUUGUCAAAAAUUAUUAAGAUUGCCCUUACUCUCCCUUUGACAUCAGCAUCUGCUGAGAGAUCAUUUUCCAAGCUGAAAAUAAUAAAAAAUCGCCUGAGGUCGACGAUGAGGCAAGAUCGACUAGAAUCGCUGAUGCUCAUGUCCGUGGAAUCUGACAUUUGUCGGGGCCUCGACAUCGAAGGACUCGUUGAACGAUUUACCGACGCAGCUCCCCGAAGAUGGAACUUGUACUAAAUAUGUAUUAUAACAUUAAAUUCUUCAUUUCAUUCUUGG